AUGGACAUGGGCACCAGCACAGAUACAGGAGUUUGUCUCCACCAGGAGAAGAUGAUCCCAGAUGUUGGUGUUGGUGGUAAUCUUUUGGCCACCUGGAUAGCCAGAAUAUCACCACGAUCACGUAGUCUUCCCUCGGUGGAGGCACACCAUCGAUGCUGGUGGCAGUGUCAACCUUUAGGCCCGAGUACGGAAAGAAUGGGCACAAAGACCGGCAGCAGUUUCUGUUCUAAGCAGGAUUCGCUGUCCGCGCCGCCGCGGACGUUGUUCAUUGAAGACAGCAAGCCGCCUGCCCAGCAGCGGCCGCUGCCAGUUUCUGACAACAUUUGUUGUUGGGCAUUGUACCCAUUUUUUCAUACCCAUUUCGGGCGCCCAAACGGCUCUAUGGGCUUCAACCACGUGCAGCAUUCGCACGGUGUUGCGUGCGAAGGCGGCGCCCAGCGUGCCAGCGUGCGGGACUCUUUCGAGAGUAGUUGGCGCGACGUGGUACACGCAGAUGGGCCUAGGUGCCAGACAUGGUAG